AUGUCAUUGAGGCUUCCAUAUCCAAACGUUUAUAAAUUUCUCAAUAAUUUUUCUGCCCCUGAUCAAGGUUCUCCAGAACAAACAUCGAGAAGUCAAGGACUCAGAAAAAGCGGUCCGAGAUCGAAGACGGGUUGUUCAACAUGCAAACAGCGACGUGUUAAAUGCGACGAAACCAAACCACAAUGUAUCAGGUGUCAAAACCUCGGUCGCGAGUGUGGCGGAUACGCUCCAGAGCAGAUUGAAGAUGUCUCCAAACAGAAUGCAAACGCUCUUGUACCUAUCCAUCCACGACCGAUGUCUGUGAUGUCGUAUACCCCUUCGGUCGCUAUACAUGGUGAUCAACUCGAACGGCGGUAUUUUCAAAGAUUUUGUGACAAAACAGCAGCCGAGAUCUGUGGUUCUUUUGAUCCUACCUUUUGGACAGAGAAGGUUCCUCAACUCUGUCACCAAGAUGCGCCCAUCAGAUAUGCGACUAUUGCCUUGGGAGCUUUGGCGAAGUCGUUGGAGGUCACAUCUUCUCCAACUCGACUAUCACUUUCGGGAUUUCCUCAAAUUGAUCAUCAUCACUUAGAUGAACACCACCGUUUCGCACUAAGGGAAUACAGUAGAGCCAUUGCUUCGUUAAGGAUAAUACUUUCCGAUGGCAGAAGACAUCUAAGAACAUCUCUUACAGCGUGCGUACUAUUUAUGACCUUUGAAUCUCUUCAGGGAAGCUACGAAGGUGCUUUGACUCAUCUCAGAGGCGGUUCUCGAUUGUUAGCUGAUUGGAGAAUUGCUCGAAGAGGGGGAAGUUCUCGCUUGUCGCACGAUUCAUUGUCCGAGAUCCAGGAUAGUCUAGUCGACGAUUUGGGCCGCCUAUUUGCCCGUCUAGAUGUUCAAGGGCUUUUCAUUCCACCACCAUACCCUGUUCCAAAUCUUCUUCAGGAUGACAUGGACAUUCCAGACGAAUUUGAUAGUGUCCAAGAAGCUCGAGAAGUAUGGGAUUUCCUGAUGGCCGCUAUUGGUCAAUUCCAUACAAAGUAUCUCAUAAAGUCGCAAACCGAACCAGAGCAAUUAUCCACGCCAUAUUGGAACAGACUUCAUAAUCACUACACCACACAGCUACUUCGAUGGCGAAAGGCUUUCCAAUCCGUCCAUGCCGAAGAAGCACACACUGGAAGUAUUUCUGCCGAUGGGACACAUAUGCUGAGCAUCUAUUAUAAUAUCGCCACGAUACUUGUUGCAUCAAGUGUUCCACAUACAGAGAUGCUAUAUGACGAAUACAACCAUCUCUUUGCGGAGAUUAUAUGCAAAGCUCAGAUUUUACUUUCUAGUCCGGAUGACCCGAGUAACACAUCUCGCUUCACUCUCGACAUGGGAACAAUCCUCCCCCUCGUUAUCACUGCAGUGAAAUGUCGUGAUCGACGAAUUCGACGUCAGGCCAUAGCGCUGCUUUGGUCUAAAGCGAGGCGAGAAGGGCUUUGCUUUGACACCAUUAGCGUAGCAAGGAUCUGCGCAUGGAUUUCGAGUAUUGAGGGAGAAGGUAUCCAGGAAGAUGACCAACCAAUCCCAGAAUCAUCCAGAUGGACGAUUUCAUACUUACAUUUGAACUCUGAAGAACGAUGGUUGGCGGUACAAUUGACACUGAAACAAGGUGAUAAUGGAAAUCCACGGUACAGAGAAACGACAUUUUCUUGGUAA